CACAAUCAUUUGCAAACAUUUGUUCUCCGGUGAAGCAAUUCACACAGCACAGUGAAAGAACCACUUAUUCAGGUUCUCCAUGGCGGACUCAACUGUGACCAGCCCUAGCAGCAGCAACACCACUACUAAAGAUUGCAGCGCUCCCUUGUGCCAAUGUGUUUACUACAUGAGUGGAGAAGCAAUGAUGUAUAUAACGCUUGUUUUAUACCUGCUAAUCUUUGUAGUGGGUCUGGUAGAGAACAUUCUUGUUCUUUGGAUAAACUGGCAGAUGAAAAAGGCCAAGAAAGAAAGCAACUUAUAUAUUUUUAAUUUAGCCAUCAGUGACAUGAUUGCUGUGUUAAUCAUCCCGUUGAGGAUAAUAGAGAUCUUGUUACAUUACCGUUGGAUCUGGGGCUCCUUUUUGUGCAAACUCGAUGGCUUCCUGUAUUGCCUUAAUCUGUAUUGCAACGUCUUUUUCUUGCUCAGUUCGAGUGUGGACAGAUACUUCUCAUUGCGGUACCCAGCCCAGGCUCAAGGAUCCAGGGAUCGACGUAUCCGCAGGCUGAUUUGUGUGUCCGUGUGGACUCUGGCUAUGGUAUUGUCCAUACCAAACUAUUUAUUUCACCAAUUGUAUGGAUAUUACGAUAACUAUUGCUUCUUGGAUAGCAGGAGGUCUUGGUAUAUUCAAAGUUCUUUAACCCUGAUUUUUGGGUUUGUUAUCCCCUUUCCCAUUAUCAUUGUGAGCAACAUCAUCACUGCAAAAGCUGCUAAAGCCUCCGGUAACAAAGAAAUCAUAAGGACCUGUAAAUUAAUAUAUGGUUACAUCAUAACAUUCUUAAUCUGUUGGUCCCCUUAUUACUUCCUCCUACUCGCUGAGCUGAUGGAUUGGGACCAAAACUGUUAUAUGCUGUAUGCACUUUAUUUUUUUUAUGACUUCACUGUGUGCCUCACAUGCACUCACUGCAUUAUAAAUCCCAUCCUCUUCAACUUUAUGUACAAAGAUUUCAGGUAUCAUUUUGCAACCAGCAUUGUGAAGUUUUUGCCCAAGAAAUAUGCCAAGGAAGAUGACGAUGUGUCCAUUUCUUCAGACACCAGACACAUUGUGGUGAUUUCAUGAUUUAGUUUAUCAAAUGGAGAAGGUGCUUCACCGUGAAUUAAUUAAACAGGGCUUUUUCAUCUCCCGAUUCCUGUUCAAUGUCUCGUGAAAUUCUAAAGGCAUCUGUCCACUAGAAAGUAUUAAAUAAUUAUUUUAAUUAUAUUAAAAGUGAAAUGCAGCCUAAUUUGAGGGUUCACCCAACAGGGACAUCUAAGUUCUUUUGGUCAAAAUGUGACUCCUCAAAAUAUUUAUCAUG